GCAAGCAACCUCAUCCCACCGUCUACCACAACUCUGGUCCACCACCUCCUCGACGACCGUAGCGACGAAACCCCAGAUCUCGUCAUUCUACGGCCCAUCUCACAUACAGCCGCUUCUUUUUCUCCUUCACAAUCCACCAUCAUGGACGCCCUCGUGGCCAAGUACAGCCGCCCCGCGGCAGAGGAAUCAGACCCCUUCGAGAAUGAGCUCGAGUCUCACGAUCUCAUGAACCCGGCGGAUCAUCUCUCUCUUAAAUUUGCCAUGCCACCCGUGGCUCAGCCUUCCUCAUGGCUCCGCGCUGCGACCGACGACCGAUCCAACCCAGAGUGCCCCAUCAAGAUCGCCCACGGUACCACAACCCUCGCCUUCCGCUUCCAGGGCGGCAUCAUCGUCGCGACCGAUUCCCGUGCCACCGCCGGCGACUGGAUUGCCAGCCAGACCGUCAAGAAGGUCAUUGAGAUCAACAGCGUGCUGCUGGGCACCAUGGCCGGUGGCGCCGCCGACUGCCAGUACUGGCUCGCCUGGCUGGGCAUGCAGUGCCGUCUGCACGAGCUGCGUCACAAGCGCCGCAUCAGCGUCGCCGCCGCGAGCAAGAUUCUCGCCAACCUGGUGUAUUCGUACAAGGGCAUGGGACUGAGCAUGGGCACCAUGUGCGCGGGCGUGACGGCCGAGGAGGGGCCUGCGCUGUACUACGUCGACAGCGACGGGACACGGCUGGCGGGCAACCUGUUCUGCGUGGGGUCCGGUCAGACGUUUGCGUACGGUGUGCUGGACGCCGAGUACAAGUACGAGCUGAGCAACGAGGCGGCACUGGAGCUCGGGCGGAGGAGUAUCCUCGCGGCGGCGCAUAGGGAUGCUUACUCUGGUGGCUACAUCAACCUGUACCACAUUGAGGAGAAGGGCUGGACACGCCACGGCUUCAGCGACACGAACCCCAUCUUCUGGAAGACUAAGCUCGAGAAGGGCGAGUUCUCCAACGUCACGAGCGAGCUGGAGUAGACGGGGCGGGAAUGGUAGUGGGAGACGCAGCAGCAGAUCAAACAGCUGUACAACAAAUGAAGAAUAACGACUCAAUUAAGACUUGCUCUAAUCUAAA